AGACCACCUGCCAGGGCAUGAAGCCAUCGAAAUGCCCAACGAGCAAUCGGACGGAUCUAGCUCGGAUUCGGAGUCGAGUUCUGACGCAUCGGAGGACGGCAGCAGCGACGAAGAGAGCGUCCCGAGAAACACUACAGGUAUCUGGCCGAUUGAUAGUGACAUCAUCCUGGCAGUGCCAUCACCGCCGCAUUCGAACGAAAACCAGAAUGCGGAGGAUGCUCCAAUGGACAACGACGUGGUCCUUCCGCAGGGUGAAUCGGUCAUCAGAUUCAAAAAACCCGAAAAGUCGAAGGCGCCGUUGUGCGGGGAGAUAAUAAGUGCCAGGUUGAGGUAUUCCUGUCUAACGGAUCACAGUUACUACCAAAACCGGCCGCACAACCUGGAGAAUCUAGGCAUACAGACGCCAUCCGAAUCGGAAGAGGAGGAAAUCGAUGUAGUGAAUUACGACAACGUCCACCGAUUGAGAAGUAUCCAAGGUAUCCACGUCUCCAAUCAAUUGCCCGGCGCGAACAACCUAGCAAUACCUGUUCGCCGGCCGCGCGGCCGUCCACGCAACUCAGCUCGGAGGCGGUCCGCGGAAGAACUCGAGGACGAGGAAGAGCAACCAGAUCCUAAGCGACCGAGAAGACGUCAAUCCUCCCAGCAAGGAGCAGCUGGAAGCAGUUCCCAAGAUCUUUCGUCGCAGGACAGGAGGGAUCUGCACAACAGGAUGGAGAAGGAGAGGCGGAUUACUCUGAAGAACCUCUUCGACAACUUGAGGGAGGAAGUUCCUAACAUCAAGUCAAACUCUAGGACCUCUAAAGUAGCUAUUCUUACUGAAGCAACGGAAUACAUCAAAGAAUUGCGAAAAUUAGAGAAGAUGAUGGAAGAGGGAAUGAGAAACGUAAUAAAAGAGAAAAGAUUGCUGAGGGCCAAGCUCAUGGAGCAUGGAAGGAAAGCACGAAAGAUGCGUGGGGCGCAAUCAGCGAAUGCGCAAUCAAAAUAGCACGCAUUGUCGCCAGAUCGCGCUUCACCUACCUGCUCCAUGUCGCAUGCUCUCGAACACCGUCCAGCUGAGAGCAACGAUGACACGAAAUAUCCAGUGCGACGAGUAGCCACGUCUCAGCUAAAACAUGAUGCAGAGGCCGUGAUAUACGUGGCACGGACGGUGUGAGGAAAGGAUCAGCCAACCGGGAACGUCAGCAGCAUAUCAGCGAAUUUUCGGGGUCCCGGUGCGGAGAAUGAAGACAACGCGGGAGUGCGAGACCAACGUCGCGGACAGUCUCGACGAGAGAGAGACUCUCGCGCAACGGAUGAUCGACAGGGUGUACGUACGUUACCAAAUCAGGAUACAACAUUUAUCCGUAAGGAAAACGUACACCUCGCUUUUAUCCCCCUGCCACUUCACCGGCUUUAUCUCUAGGGGGGGAGGCAUAAUUUAUGCAAAUAUUAAAUGCAUAAAUUCAUGCAAAUGAAAAAAAAGAUUUGCCUAUAAUGUGUACAUAAUGAUGAUAUGUGUAUGAUAUGCGAUGAAUGAUCGAUAUACACGCCUGAAUGUACACAUUAUAUCAUUCCGGUUACCAUCUUAUCGGAUAUCUUAUUCGGUUACCGCGGAGAACGCCUUACCGUACGCUAAUAAGAGUUCAUCGUUUCGGCUUUGGUUCGCUGAAUCCGCGGUUCGAACUAAAGCAGCAAAUUACGACGACACGCCCGCCCAUGUUUGAAUAAGGUUGUCAGCAACUGCCGCGAUAAAGAGCUGACUCCAACGUCUUGCGCGACUUGCUUUAUUUACGCGGUGGAAAUCAAAACGUACAAUAUUAUCAAUCGGACAAUAACAGCCCGCGCGAAUACCGACUUUGAAGUAAAAUAUCAUUCUUCGUGCUUGAACAUUCAUGUUGGGAUUUUGGUCGGACUUCCUUAUCGUUCCAGAAACGAGGGAAAAUCACAUUGAACUUCGCUCUUUUACUCCACAGAACUUCCCCAGUGCUACAUUUUUAAGAGGGUAUUCUCAUUUGAAAUGUUUUCGGAAUUUCUUUCUUAUUAUUUUGCUAACACAGAACGCCGAAAGUUGGUCGCCACGUUUCCGAACGUCGUAGGCUUCUGAAUCUGGAAAAAAUUAUUAAACUAUGAAUUUGUAGCUAUCGUCCCUACUACGAUGAAAUCAAUAUUCUCAAUAUUUCGAUUUUUUUAAAGAUCCUCAAAGCUAAAAACAAGUGGCCGAAAAUCGAUUUUUCUCUUCCAAAUCAUGUUAUUUUGUCAAAAAUCACUUUUAUUCUUCAUUCUGCUGAAAAUUAUAACUACAAGUUUAUAGUUUAAUCAUUUUUUUGCUGUUUCGAUUUCAGAAGUUUGCAACAUCUGAAAUCGUGGCAACCUUGCAAGCAAAACUCUCAUUCACAUGCACAAAUUUAUUUAUUACAUUAUUAAUUUUGA